AUGUCGAGAUCAUCAUUAGAUCGUUCAACUAACAAUAGAAUUGGGGUUGAACUAAAUAAUUCUUCGACUACUUCUUAUCAUCGUAGAUCGAUACCGGCUUUAUUUAAACCUGGUCGAAUAGCAAAAAAACAACUUUCAUUACUUUUAAAUAAGGCAGAUUUUGAAGUUUGUGAUCCACCGGAUGAAGAUGAAAUGCUUAGAUUUAAUCCAAAUAAUGAAAGUAGAAAUAAUACUAAUCCAUCUGAUGCAACAAUAUCUGAUGAUACAAUCACUGAACGUCAUCAACAAUCAUCACAAUCUACAUAUUGUACUUCUCCAACAAUUCCGAAUAAAAAUCGUAUAAUUUCAACUAUAAAACAUCGAUUAGCACCAUGCAGAUAUGAAACAACAAAAAAAGAUGAAAAUAAUGAUGAAAAAAAUCGUGGUUUUCUUUUAAUUGAUCAAGAUGGUACUGAUUUAGGUUUAAUAUCACAUGAUAAUAUCGAUCAACAACAUACACGUCAUGCUGAACCAUGUCAACAUGGACAAUUAGAUGAAUAUAGUGCUGAUACAAAUCAAAAUCAUCUAUUAUCAAGUACACCAGUUACACCUAGUCUAUUACCACCACAACAAAUAACAUUAACGUCUUCAUCUAUCUUACCUCUUAUAAAUCAUUCAAAUAGUGAAUUAGAUAUUCAAGCAACACAAGCCGGUGUUGAAUGUGCAUUACUUAAUUAUGAUGAAUCAAAUGGUCAUGAUACACAAUUAUCAGCAACUAAUUCAUCAACAUCAACAGAUUCAUCGAAUAUUGAUUCGCAAUUUAUACAUAGUGAUCGAUCGACACUUAAUGAUAUCGAUUAUGUUGUACAACAAAAGCAUGAUCUUGAACGAAUAACAAUAUAUGAAAUAGCAUUGAAUAAUGAACGUCGUGAGUAUCAACAAGAUUUAGCUCAAAAUGAAAAUGAGGAAAUCGAUUUUGAUCUUCAUUAUAAAGAUGCAGUUGAACAAAAUUUAAAAUUUAAAGAAGAAUUAAAAAGAUUACAAGAAGAGAAAGAUCGUGUUUGUUCGAAAUGGUCUUGUGAAGUUUGUACAUAUAUUAAUGAACCAUAUAUAAUAACACGUAAAGAUGUAUGUGAAAUGUGUGAAGGACCAAGUCCAUUAAAGCGACAUACAUUGACGAGUUGA